AUGGUGUUUUUUAUAUUUUUAUUUGAGGUUUGUUUUGUUUUUUGAAUUAUUAGUGUAGCUUCUGGUCCCUCUCCUUAUUAUGGGGUUGUUGGUUUGGUUUUUGGGGCGGUUUUUGGAUGUUUAAUGUUGGUUGGGGUGGGUGGGUCAUUUAUUUCUUUGGUUUUGUUUUUGAUUUAUUUGGGAGGUAUGUUAGUGGUUUUUGCUUAUUCUGUGGCUUUGACGGGGGAUCCAUAUCCUUCGGCUUGGCGUGGGUACGGGGAUUUAUUUUGUAUAGUUGGUUAUGUUUUGUUUGUUGUUGGUGCAGUUAUGUAUUGUUUUGAUAAGUGAAGUUUAGAGGGGUAUGGUGAUGUGGUGAUGGAUGCUAGUGGUCUGUUUAGUGUUCGUAUGGAUUAUAUUGGGGUGUCGUGAUUUUAUUCUUAUGGGUGUGUAAUAUUUUUGAUUGCGGGUUGGGGUUUAUUGUUGACGUUGUUUGUUGUAUUAGAUUUGGUACGUGGUUUGGCUUGGGGGACUAUUCGUUCUAUUAGG